CUGUCAGUGGGCGGAUUCCCGCGCUUUACUUUUACGUCAUGAACAGACUCUUAGUUUGCAAAAUACGGAGACCGAUGGAAUCUAAGUGGAAUAACAUCUUCAAGCAGAUGCGAUUGCUAACUUACUGCACGUGGCUUUACACAUAAAGUGCGGUGAUGUGACCCAACCCAAACAUUUCUAAAGCAUCCUCUCCUCCAUAAUCGCGAACAGUACAAUGCCCUUGGAGGAGGGACUUAAACCCUCUGCUAAAGAUGCAGACAUGCAUCCGGCUGAUACGUCAGGCAGAGGGGAGGAGCCUAUUGCUGGGCCUUCCAAUUCCGAAAGACAGGGUUACUGCAGCUGCUGUCAAGUUCUGUAUAUCAGCGUUGAACAGCACAUCCUGAGUGCUCAACAUAGAGAAGUGGUGCGAGCUGCUCGGACUAAUGUGUCUUCUGGGAGUUUGUUGGAAAGAUUCCUCCAGGAUGUGCUUCAGCAUCAUCCCCAUCACUACAGUGACACACGGCCUACACAUGCAGAUCUGCCUUCUCUAACCACCCCACUUGUCCCAAAGGAGGAGUUCUCAGAGGUGUACUGUGGAUCAGAUGAUGAUGGUGUCUCUGUUGGGACACGUGAGGAGAUGCCGUCCUCUGAUGAAGAGUCCUGCCAAAUGCUGCAAAUUGCAUCGGCUUCCCCACCAGUACCAACCGACCUUCCUGGAACUACUCAAAUACAAACCACUUCUCAAAUGAGAAAAAAGGUGCCUGAACCACCUCCCCCUGAAAAGUAUUCCCCCACACAAGGUUUUUUGCAAAGGACUAGUGGCAGCUCUGCCAAUGACCAACCACAUACAUCAAAAACAACACUACCUGUUCCAAAAGAACUCUCACAAACACACCCUUCUGAACAUCUCUGUGAUUCAGAGGAUCCACCAGUCACCAAGACCAAAGUGGUCGAACACAGAAAAGCACAUAGGAAAACCAAUAGGAACACAGAGGGAAGUGACUCCUCCCAUGCCCUGCCAGCUACAAAGUACAUUACCUCAAAGGACCAACCUGCAACCUUUAAGUCAGUGGCUGAGGAACCCACAGUGUGGAUUUCAUCAGUGCCACCUUGGAAAGGCCCCCAUAGGGAACAAACAUUCAGUCAUCUAUCUGACCAGAUACAAGAUGUGAUAGAGGAGGUUAUUGGAAGGUACUGUUAUGGUCGCAGUCCCAAAGUUGACCAGCAGGAGGAUGAUGCCAACUUUCUUCUAAGUCCACAGUCUAUGAGUGAAUCCAAAGGCAGUGAAGAAUGGGACAAUGCGAUACAGACAGCUUUGGGAAAAGCUAAGGGUGAGGAGAAAAAUUUAGCAGAAUUAUUAAAAGUGCAUAUAAACCUUGAAGACCAAGAAUACCAAACUCAGCUAGACACAGCUCUAAACACAUUUGUGAUGAGUAUGAAAGCAGGACCAGAGGGAGCCACAGAGAGUGCCGCUGAAGAGGUAUUUCCUGAUCUUCCCCACGUUCCACAGUCUUUUAUUGGAAAGACGUGGAUGCAGGUGAUGUAUGAAGACGACAUGAAAAUUGACUCUAUAGUGAAAGAGUUACAACAAGGUCAGUUCCGUUGCUAUUUUGACAGUGACUCCUUGGCUAGGUUUGGGAAACACUGUAAGAAAAGAAGAAAGAACAGGAAACGAGACAAAACAGAGCAAGCAGAUACUGCCGGAUGCGAGCCUACAGAAAUCUUACCUCUGUUGGAAAACCAUGAUGAAGACCUAACACAUCAAGUUGUUUUGUUGAAAAGAACAAGGCAAAAAAAUUAUAGACAAGCAUCACGUUGUCAAGUUGUAAAGGUAAGCCAUGGUACACAAACCAUCCCCUUAAGCUGUCCGGUGGUGCGUCCAAAAUCAACACAAGAAAGAAUCCCCUUGCCACACAGCCAAGAGCAAUGUCAUAUCCCUGAAAAAACUCCUGACAUGAAGACAAGACUGUGUGCAUUGAAGCUUCCUGCUUCCUACUGCAAGAUAAUGAGUCCUCUACAGCCCAAAACGGUGGUCUAUGUGCUUUCUUCUCCAGAUGGGGGACAGGGGAUAUCCAAGCCCACCCCUGUUAAGAAAGUAGGCAGGAAGCGUAAGUCAUGUGAUAGCGACUUAGCCCUGAAAUACAAGUACAAAAAGACACCCCUAAAGUUCUACGACCCCCUAACCAAUAGGAUCUUGAAGAGCCCACCGAAAGGAAUGUCAUCACUUCCUAAUUCCAAAUCACUUUCACACGUCCGACAGUUAUUCCGUAGCCUCAGCCCAGAUAUUAACAAGGAGAGACAGGACCUGGAGCAGGGGCAGUCAUCAGGAGCCUCUCGGAAGGGUCGUAAUAGGAGCAGCAUGGCUGAUCUUUGUACCUCCACCUCAGGCUCUUGUCUAGAGGGCGGCGGCCCUUCGGAGCCUGGUUCUUCUUUGUCUAGCAGAGUCUUGUUCCCCCGCUCUUCCAUGUCAAGUAGCAGUUGUUUCCUCUUGGGACACCUUAAGCCGUCUGCCUCCCACACGGAUGACUCUUCCAAAGCACUUUCUCAGUCUUGCACAGGCAGUUCAUAUAAAGUUGGAGGGUCUGAACGAAAGGACCACCACAAAAGAUCAGAUGGCCAAACGCCAAUCAGGCGUAGCUCACGUAGGUCUGGAUCUUUGACUCCCGCCAAGAGACCAUCGGUACCCCAUUAUAGGACCAAAAGGAAGUCUACCAAACCACAGUCCAAAGCAAAAUCACAGGCCACUCUACAGCACAAGGUUAACCCCCGCAUAUCUGCCGAAUGUAGGACAUCACCCAGAAACAAGAACCCUGCUAGGGCAUCUCUUAGAUCAUCAACUUCAAAACUGGCGAUUCAGUCCGUCACUACACCAUCUUCGAAAAAAAUACAUACAAUGCUCAGUGCCAGUCAGCAGAAGAGAACAAGGGGGAGGACGGCCACUGAACAUAUAGCAAACUGAACGUUAUCAGACACCAGCUAUGAACAUAAGCUGUCUUCAGUUUUUUUUAAUGCUGUAUUGUUUUGCACAGUUGAAUUUCAGCUGACUGUUUCAAGUUGAAGUUCAUGUUUGUCUGCAUCUGCUCCUUUGUUUGUUUGUCAUAAUGCGUUUUAUAACUUGUAAUGAGUAUAUUUUUUAAGUUUAUAAUGGGUAUUUUUCUCAAAAGUUGAUAUUGAUUGUUGUUAAUUAAACUUUAUAAUGA